UUGUGUGCGGCUAUCGAGAUAUGGUUAAAACUCCGGCGGCGGAGGAUCAAAACUCCGGCAUCGAGGACUCCGUCGACGUAUCUCCGAUUGAGACUCCGGCCACUGCUAGUCCGUCAUUCUCGCGGAGGUUAACGGAUAUAUUUCUGGAGGACGGUGAUGAUGAUCUGUUGCUACAGAGGACCGAUAUUGGCGAAGGAUUUAUGCAGUGGCUUGGGGCUUUGAACAUGCAGGUAAUGGGGGCUUGUCGUGCGGAUGAGAGGUUGAAGCCUUUGUUGAAACUUAAAAUCUCCGGCGGUGAGGCUGAGGAUCGCCUAUUAGCGCAACUCUGUGAGCAUUUCGAGCCAUCAGAAGUUGGUCUGCUUGCCAGGUGCUUGUGUGUUCCUCUCGUUUCUAUCCGCGUCGGGAAAAUUAACAAGCAAGGAACCCUAUUAUGCCCUACAUCUCUGAGAGGAAAUUUGUGUCUCACACUACUACCUACUUCUAACCAUCGUGUCUCAUUUAAUGGGGAUGAUGGUUCUAUGGAGAUACUGGCAACAUUAAGCUCAGGGGAUCAUUGCACUAGCUUAGAGAUGGAAGAGAUUUUUGCAGACAAUUCCAGAAGAUCUUUCUUACUCAGGACUGUAGAUGAUGUGGUUUUUUACUUUUGGUGCUCUGAGAAAUAUCAGUUUCUAGGGAAUGAAAUGCUCAAAAAGAUGAAGGAUUUGCUUGUAAGAAAGCCUUCCUUGGCUGAAUUAACUGGAAUAAGUGAUGACCGCCUCAACUCCUUUGCAACUCAGCUCAGAACUUAUCUUGGUGGAUCAAUAGCGAGUAAUGCACCAUCUAGUGGUGUUCUUCCAUCUAGCUGUCCUUCAGAUGAUGAUUCAUUAUAUUCUGCUGAGCUUUAUUUUCCUCAGUCCUCAGUUACUUACGAGAAAAGCUCAGAAUCCGAGCAGUACGGCCUUCGAGGGUCAGUGACAGACCUGAACCAUCUUAAUGGUCUCUAUCCCAACUCUGAUUCAUCUGAAAUGAGCAUGCCAAAUAAAUUGUCCUCUAAAAACGUUACUGCUAGGGAAAAAUUGAUACAGUUUGGGGAUAACAGUGCUUUCCCCAACAGCUUGUCUCUUGCAGCGACAAUCAAUGCCGAACUAUCAAAUUCUAUCGGCUUGGCCAAAGGAAAGCUUCCUGAAGCAAAUUCAGUUCACCCAUUUUCUGCUCUAAAUGCCGUGGAUGCAUUUAAUAAACCUUUGGAUCUCCCUCUCUGUGGCUCAAAAGUGCAGGUUCAUUCGUCACGCUCAUCUCAUUUCUCUCCUCUCUACUGCUGGUGUCCUCCCGCAGCUUCAACUCUGCACUACACUCUCAGGACCUCUCAAAUGUCAACCGAAUCUCUUCAUUUGCCUCCACUCUCUUCUCUACUGACCUCUAAAUCAUCUCUAAGCUUGUCUGAUUUUCCGGCUAUGGAGUUUCCUAGCUUUCAGCCAGAGCCAUUUAUAACUAGCCUAGCAACCUCACAGCAGAUCCCAACAUUUACACCUUUGAUGUGUGAUCCAAUCAUCCACAUUCCCAUCUAUUCAUCCAGCCCAGGAUACUUAGUAAGUUCUGGCCUGGCCUUGUCAAAUCAUGUGGAUCCUCUCAUCUCAAGUUCUGAAUCUGCUGCCGAACAAAGUUCUAGGGAAACACUUCGCAUGCUCAUUAAUAGCACCAACAGCCAACCCAACUCAAAGCUGCUGGAGAUGCUGCCGCCUAUGUUGAGCAGCAACGGCGACAAGCCAAACAUACUCAGUAUUGGAGGAAGCAAGGGGUUUUCUUCUGUAACAAGAGGCGUACAUGCUGUCUCAGGUGGUCCAACGAAUAAUACAAGCUUCAUGUUUCUAACGGAGAAAUCAAAGGGAGGUGGUUUUCGCAAAGUGUGUUCCAGCAGAGAUGAUUCAGUUGAUGAUAAGGAGAAGCCACAUGAAGCUGAGGAUUGGGAAAUGAAUAGCUAGAUUGCCCAGAGUGAGUAUUUUUCAGGUGGUUAAUACUGUUUUUGUCAACAAAUGUUUUUAGGCUAGAGAAAUAGUUGUAUAUAAUGUAGCAGUAGUGUAAUCCUCAACUUUUGUGAAAUGAAGCAUAUUUGUUUCUUUGCUCUA